UGUUGUUUGUGACGUUCACCCUGAGGCUCGGAGUCGCAAUGGGCAAGAAACCAAAUCUCACCGGUUUAUCUCGUUUCCUGCCACAAGACUUUCUUAAUUCAAACGCUACUAGCCUCUCAGAAAAACCACAAAAUCAGAGCAGAUCUGCAAAGAAAUGCAAAACGGAAACCCAUGUUCCUGUUCGCACAAAAUAUGAUGCCACCGCCCUUGUUCCUCACUACACCACCACUCACGAGGUUCCAGAAAAUCUUCAGAAAUAUUUCUCGCAACGAAAACGUUACUUUUCUUUAUACGACCAAGGAUGUUUAUUGGAUGAAGAAGGCUGGUAUAGCGUGACACCUGAAAACAUUGCCGUACAAAUUGCAGAUCGCUGUCGAUGCGAUACAAUCCUCGAUCCUUUCUGUGGUGUCGGAGGAAAUGCGAUCGCUUUUGCAAAAACCUGCGAGCAUGUCAUUGCUCUGGACAUCUCCCCAACACGGCUCGCUUUGGCUCGUCAUAAUGCUGCAAUCUACGGUGUUGCAGACCGCAUCGAGUUUAUCCUUGCAGACUAUAUCUCAUUUGCAAACGCAUAUCUUUCACGACCCCACUCAACGCGCAAUAUUGACGUUGUCUUCUUGAGUCCCCCUUGGGGUGGCCCAGGAUACAUCUCUACCUCUGAAAACAAUGUCUCUGCCGACAGCAACGCGGACUUCCAGGACGAACUAGAGGCACACUCACAAUAUAGCCUCUCAAGGAUACAGCCGAUUCACGGAGCUGACUUAUUUCGCCUGACGAAGCGGAUUUCAGAUAAUAUUGCUUACUUCCUUCCCAGAAACACGGACUUGAAUGAAAUAUCUGCCCUGGGCCUGCUCGAAAAAGACGAAGGAGUCACCCCCGAUGACAAGCCUCGAAUGAUUGAAGUGGAGGAAGAAUGGAUGGGGUCGAAGUUGAAAGCUCUGACGUGUUAUUUUGGUGGUCUAGUUGCUGGGCAAGAGCAUGUAUUCUGACUUCACAUCGCCAGGACUGGUGUAACAUAAACACAUCUUUUGAAAUAUCCUUGGCUGUGUACUCUUGUCGAUGUAUCAGAGUAAGUUGUGAAGUGAAGUGCAUUACAC